AUGUAUCCACAACAAUAUCCUGUAUCAGCACCACCGGCUUCCUAUUCAAAUCAAGUUGAUCUUAACUCAUUACAAGAAACACAUGAUGAACGUAUGAGAAAAUUUCAAUAUCUAGUUGAUCGAUAUGAAAUCAAUCGAGACUUUGCAACAAGAUUACGAGGAUUAGAAGGAUAUGAAAUCGUAUUUAUUGUUGAUGAUUCCGGAUCGAUGAAUACACCACUUGGUGAUAUAUCUGGUCCAUACGGUCGUAAUCCAACAAGAUGGGAUGAACUUCGACAAACGGUUUCAAUUGUUGUUGAUAUUGCAUCUGUUUUUGAUCCAAAUGGUGUUGACAUUUUCUUUUUAAAUCGUCAACCAAUGCGUAAUGUUAAACAUGCUGAACAGCUUAUUCCUGUAUUUGCUAUUCCACCAGCUGGACCAACUCCAAUUGUUCGUAUACUUCGACAAAUUUUACAAGAAAAACAACUUGAAGUUCAAGAACGUAAAUUAUUAAUAUUAAUUGCUACAGAUGGUAUACCUACCGAUGAUAGUGGAGAACAAGAUAUAAAAACAUUUGAACGUGUAUUACGUCAUGAACAUAAUACUGAAUGUAUUGGUUAUCUUAAUAAUUGGGAUAAGAAAAUACCU